UGUCAGGCAGAGUGUGUGCAGGGGGUUGGGGGGCCGGUUCCCCAUCACACACCCGGGAGGCCAGACUCCCUCCCUGGCUGCCCACCCCCGGCUGACUGCACUUCUCGCGACACGUCUGAGCACCAGAGGCCACAGAGCCCGUGGCAGGCCCGGCCCGGGGCGCUGUCCACCCACCCUGCCCCGCUUCCUGCCAGUGCAUUCACGUCUCUUCCCCCGCGUUGGCCUGGCCGUAAGGGCCACGGAGGGACCCCCGCACGUGGUGCAGCGCCCCUGUCCCCGGGCCUCUGCCCCAUCCUGAGUGGACAAACCGGGCUUCACAGCCCACGUUCCCAGCUGCCACCAAUAGCACACAUCCCAGUGGCCUCCAAGGGGGCAAAUGAUGCAAUUUUUUGGCGAGUCACACGGUGUCCCCUAAGGAUCCCCCUGAUGCCGUAUUGAGGCAUGGGGCGGGCAGAGGUCCAUGGUCUGAGAUAGGUUCCUUCGACACCACCCAGGAGAGUUGGGUGUAAGCCUAUGGCUCCUUCUACAUCAGCCAAUCCAAUCUACAUCAGGGAGCCUGAACCCUGUGAGCCCCUUUUUCCUUCCAGCUUAGGGAAGCAGCCAGCCCUCCAGUAGCUUUUGCGUCAUGGCUGGGCCACCAAGGGUAAACGUCUGGCUGUCCACAUGCUGGCAGCCUUGGUCUAGCAAAUGUCAACAUGAGCAGCUGCUAUAUGGGGGAUUCUCCUCCAUUGUGAUCAGGGCCUGGGACAAAACAUGACGAGAGAGAGACAGGAGUGCCCUGUGCUCCUGGACAGGGCUGCAUGCACAGAGCAGAUAGCCUGAAGCCUGGGGAGAGGUGGACAAAGAGACAGGUAAGGAGGGAGAAACUGGAUGAGUGAUAGGGGAAUGGGGCAAGACCGAGAGAGUGAAAGGAAGAAACACAGAGAGGUGUGGUUAGAGAGAAACAGAGACAAAGAGGAAGUACAAGGAGAAAAGUGGAGACCUGGUCCAGGUAUGUGGACGGGGCAAGAUGGUCCAGGGGAGAGGGGAUGUGUGAAGUGGCUCUGAGUGUUGGGGCAGAAAGGGCUGGUAUCACGGGCAUCAUAGUUUCAUGACUCUAAGACUCCAACAUCCCUGGGGCCAAGCUCUGCAGAGGUCAUUGCAAUUGAAAAGAUGGGCAUCUGUCACUUCUCCCGGAUGUCAGGAGCUCAGCGUUGUGGGGCUCAGCGUUAUGUUCUGUCAUGGAGAAGGAUGUCUUCAGGGAGAGUGUGCUGCUCUUUGGCAGGUAAACUCCAGAGCCCGCCCUGUGGGGAGGUGUCCCGGGGUCAUCUGCCUCACUGGCCCAGGCCCUGUGGGAUUUCCCCCGUCCCGCCACCAGCUGGCGUUCCUCAUGGUCUGAACCCAGGCAUGAGGCAUUGUGUUGCCCCCAGGUCCGGCAGUCUGCACCUGGCAGAGUUGAACGGCUGAUAGUGAUAAAAAGUAUUUGACAAGAAGGUCCGUAUUCUCCCUCUGGAAUGAGCUGUGUGCAUCCAAAUCGUGGGUUGCUAUGGUCCUGUCCACAACCAAUCUGAGGAUUCCAGAAGGACUCAUGGAUUGCGGGGUCCCACGACAUCACCUCAUCGAUGCAGUCGAUGGUUUGUUCCGGAUUCAGGCUCGUUUGCGGGAUGAAACCCUGACAGAAAUUCAGAGGAACGGGAGCUGCAUUCCGUUAGGACGUGAAUACAUGAAAUGCUCAUCUCAGGACCUUCUAGAAGAACGAGCUGGCACCCAGUUUCUGCGUCCUGCUGGAACCAGAGACGGAGGUGUGGAGUUUCUUCUGCCAGUCUGUGGAUCGCUCUCUGGCCUCGCCCUCCUACAGUACGUAGAUGACACCCUGAUUGCUGCCGACAAGGCCAAAGACUGUGAGCGAGGGACCCAGGACCUGCUGGCUACCCAGGGGGCCUUAGGGUACCGGGCGUCCACGAAGAAGGCUCAGAUACACAGCGAGAGGGUUUUGCUGAGAUCGCCAGGCCCCUAUAUGAAGCUACCAAAGAGGGGAAAACAUUUAAAUGGGCUGAAAAAGAAGAAACUGCCUUUAAUCAGGUACAAAAGGCCCUCCCUAAGUGCCCCAGCCCUGGGCCUACCAGACAUUACGAAGCCCUUCCACCUCUUUGUGGACGAACAUAAGGGAAUAGCAAAAGGGGUUCUAACUCAAGCCUUAGGCCCCUGGAACCGCCCGGUGGCUUACCUGUCCAAGAAACUAGACCCAGUGGCUGCCGGCUGGCCGCCAUGCCUAAGAAUUAUUGCAGCGACAGCACUCCUAGUCAAGGACGUAGACAAACUGACCCUAGGACAGGAGAUCUGGAUCACGACGCCACACACCAUUGAAGGCGUCCUGAAACAGCCUCCGGAUAGAUGGCUGAGCAAUACACGUAUGACUCAUUACCAGAGCCUCCUACUCAACCCUCCACGAGUGCGGUUCCACCCCAGUGCAGCCCUCAAUCCUGCCACCCUGCUGCCUAACCCUGACCUAGGUGCUCCCCUACAUGACUGUGUGGGAAUCCUGGAACAAGUACAUGGAUUCCGGACGGACCUGACCGACCGGCCCCUCCGUGAUGCCGAGGCUACUUGGUUCACUGAUGGCAGCAGCUUUGUGCGGGAUGGACACAGGUAUGCGGGUGCAGCGGUGGUCACAGAAACGGACACCGUGUGGGCGGAGGAUGUACCCUCCAGAACGUCAGCCCAGCGAGCAGAGCUCGUCGCCCUCACCAAGGCGCUAACGUUGGGAGCUAGAAAACGUCUUAACAACUACCGGCCUGGGGAGACCCAGUUUUACCAGACCAGCCCAAAUACUCCCACGAGGAGUUACAGCGGAUCAAGAAACUCCCCAUGGCCCAGGAGAUAAUGGGAUGGUGGUAUUCACCUAACAAGGAGCUCGUGCUGCCAGACCGGCUCGGAGUCUCAAUAUUAGAGCACAUGCAUCGGUCUACUCACAUGGGCGCCCGAAAAUUAAAAGACUUAAUCCUACAUGCCAGAAUCAAGAUUCACCAACAGGACACCAAAAUAGAGCAAGUUGUAUCUGCCUGCAAGACCUGCCAACUCACCAACGCGAGAGCCACUUGAAAUACAAAAGGAACCAGGGUCAGAGGCACCAGACCGGGAGCCCAAUGGGAAGUCGACUUCACUGAAGUCAAACCAGGAAAGUAUGGUUAUAAAUAUCUUUUAGUAUUUACGGACACCUUCUCUGGCUGGGUGGAGGCAUACC